UCAGCAGAGAUUGUGUUCAGGUCUGUACAGAUGGAACUUCUAGACAUGAGGGAAAUUGUUGCUUUUUUCUUAUUGAUCCAGUGGACACAUUCACACAACGGUUCUCUCAAUAUAAGUGUAACAUGUAACAAAGCUGAGAAUGACAUGCCUGACGAAUGGUUAAGACAACAUGAAUCUAACCCUUCACCCGUACAUGAGCUGACUGCGGAGCUGAGUGAGUCUCAAACCUCAGUCAUUAUAAGAUGGUCCAUUAAUGUUGACAGCAGCAUUCGCAGUCUUACUGGCACAUGGAUAACGUUUUUUGUAGAGCCUGAAUCAUAUUACAGAUGUGAAUACCAGCCUCCAUUUACCUCAGAGCAAAUCAGCCUCACUGGUCAAGAACAGUUAUGGUUCAGUUUCACUGUGCCAAAUGUAUCUGUCUGUCCUGCAACCGCUAACUAUAUAUCGGCCUUUAAUAUUCCACCACCGUCGUCAGAUGGACCAAAUGAAGAAUUCAUUAAGAUGACCGAAAUAGGUCAGUGGUAUGCUGACAUUUAUGCAGUCCUUAUUGGGGAUAAAAUAGUAGUGACCUUCAAUACAAACCUUGUGGCGGAUAGACACAGCAUCCAUCUGGAAAACAGAGAAAAACCACUAAAAGAAAUUGAGUGGAAAGGGCAAUGCAAAGUAGAAAAAUGUGAAGUGGAACUGGAAUACAUGGAACACAUGGGUCCCUGUGAAGACCUUCUGAUAUCAAUAAUUCCUCACUUUAAACACUGUGUGCCUGAAAGUCAAAGGAAGUCUCAAAAAGUCAUCUGUAUGAACUUUGCUUUGGCCAUUGGUGUUGGAUGUGUGCUGAUGCUUCUCUUCAUGUGUCUCUGUUGCUGCAUCAUAUAUCAUAUCAUCCAGUGGGUUCGUGGCUCGAAGCGUGCUACGUCCGUGCGAGUGUUGGUCGUGUACCCUGCGGUAGACACUGUGUUCCAGCGCUCUGUGCUGCUCCUGGCUGAAAGUCUGCAGAGCCGUGGUGGCGUAAGCGUCGUUAUCGACAUGUGGGAGAAAGGAAGUCUAGCAGAACAAGGGCCGCUCCGCUGGCUCAACACACAGGCCGACCUCGCCGAGAGAGUCCUCAUCAUCUUACCACCUCAACGCACACAAACUGAUGACCUUAAAUCAAAACUAGUUCCUAGCAUGCCCGAUGACACAGUUUCAGCUUCUGCCAGCAAUCUUUUUGUCCUGGCCCUCAACCUAGUUACCAGUUCUGCCCAUGAUCCACAUGCCCUGGACAAGUUCUGGGUCGUCAGCCUGAACCAUGAUGAUAAGUGUGUGCAGACUGAACUCAGAGGCCGCAGGAUGUUUGUUCUGCCGAGAGACUUAAAAAAGCUCCAUCGACAGCUGUUGAGUGGAGCGGUCGAGAGCCCAAAGCUGGUGAGAUGCUUCCGGUCCUUCAACUGCAAAAACAGCUCGGAGCAGCUGGAAAUGAACACAGACUUCCCAUCCUGCGCAAAGCCUGUCAACCUGGACAAAAAUCCUUUGAUCUCUUCAUAUUAAGUGACUUUGUGUUUAUUUUUCAUUACAUUAGUCCUGUAAGAUAUGUAGCCAGACCUGCUCCUGAGGUGACUUCAACACACCUGCCUGUUAUUUUCCAGUAAACCAGAACACCUUGAUUAGCUGGUUCAGGAAUGUUUGUUUUGGUAUAGUAAGUAGCCCUUCAGGAGCAGAGCUGGCUACUCCGUCCUAAAAGAUGUGGAAAUAUUUGAGUAUGUAAACAAAUCUUUUCAGCUAUUUGCCAUUUAGUUAGAGUUUUAUUGAUACAAAUAUAUUGCACUGCUUUUUCUCACUUUAUUGCUUCAUGUUGUUUGUUUCUUUUUGGAUAUCUGUCAUUUGCAGGGAACAUCUAGUUUGUAAGUGUUCAUUUGCUUAAAAACUUACAUUAAAUAUAUAAAUAAAAUGUAAGGAUAUGUCUUUAAUAAACACAUUAAAAGCCCACAAUGUGACAGAUGUUUCUAAAAUUGUUCUUACAUUUAUUUUAUAUACAUUUAUUACAUAAUAAGCAAAUGCUGUAUCAAUUAAA